CUGAUUAGCACCAGGCCCUCUAGCAGAGGUAGAGCUGCACGAAGUUCAGGAAACCUUCGACACCAACGUAUUGGGACCUUUGCGUCUGUCACAAGCCGUCUUCCCACACAUGGCUGCGAAGAAGAGCGGGACCAUCGUUAACAUAGGCUCCAUUAUGGGCGAUACGUCAGUACGCUAUUGCCUCCCUCGUCUACAUCUAACGCGAAACGCAUGCGCAGGCCAGCGCCUUGGGGUGGAGUGUACGGUGCGACAAAAGCCGCCCUUGUCCGUCUUUCUGAGGUGCUCUAUAUGGAAGCCGCACCGUUCAAUAUUCACGUCGUCCAUAUCUCCCCCGGCGGUGUCAAGACCAACAUCGCCGCCCACGCGUUCAACCAGCUCUCCCUCCGUGACGACAGCUUCUACAAGCCCUGGCUCGGCUCGAUGGCCAGAGCGAUCGAGAAGACGGACGGCCCCUUGUCCAUCACCCCAGAGCAGUUCGCGAAGAAGGUCGUGAAGCAGAUUUUGAAGCCGAGCCCACCGAGGUAUAUGACGCUAGGCGCGGGCGCGUGGCCUAGCGCGAUGAUACAGUGGCUACCGAGAGGUUUCUUGUGCUGGUUGAUGUGGACAUUGGUUGCGGGGGAUGGUUUAUCGGUUUUAUACGGAGUUCUCAUGCAGCUACGUCGUCUACUUGGACUGGGUUGAGCAUAGUAGCUCGCCUGGACCUCAUAACGAUGACAGCCAAUGUUCUUCUCCCCCGUCUACUGUACCACCUGCGUGACCUCGGGUCGGUGG